AUUUGCAAUCUCUCUUCAGUCGAGCAUAUACAAGAAAUACUGAAGUACUCUUUAGAUAAAAUAAUUUUUUGCGAGAUCGCGGUAGGUGACGUCAUACUUUUUGUAUUCUUAGAACCCCCAGCUGAUAAGAAAGCACGAUACUCUGUGGACAAAAAUUGAUUCACGAGCGAACAACUGCUUCAUUCCGCAACAGACCGUGCUAGAGUUAACAAGUGAAACCAAAAAUUCUUCACAGUGAUCAACUAUAAAAUUUAAUUGGAGUUUAUUGGAGUUUCUGAGCUAUUUUUAGUGAUUGUGACAUAUUUUUUGUGAACUUGUUUUGCCACUCCACUAUCGAGAUGAACACUCAAACUGUUAUUGUUACAUCACCAGCUGUAGGUCCCAGCUCCACCGGAAUCGUCUGCCCUUCCUGUCGCCUCAGCGUUAUGACGAACGUGAGAACUGAAUCGACCACUAGAACACACGUGAUUGCUAUUUUGCUCUGUGUUUUCUUAUGUUGGCCAUGCGUUUGCCUGCCAUACUGCAUGGAUUCGUGCAAGAAUGCCAAUCACUAUUGUCCCAAUUGUGGAUCAUUUAUCGGCACAUACCAGAAAUAGGCCUGCGCAAAGCAAAUAUAUAUAAAUAUUUGUAAUAAGAUAACGCUGUUUUCACGCCAAAUUUCAUUACACUUUCCACUUCAAAAACCGUGUUUCACUCGCGAAUGUUUCUUCUGUGUUUCAUUGAUAAUGGCGCGAAAAAGCAUGGAGCAUAUGCUGCAUGAUGAAGUGAGAGCAGAAAAAUGUUCAGAGGCGGCUUUUAGAUGUUAAGACUUGGAAUUAUGAGAAAAAAGAGAAGAAUUUGAAGACUUAAGGACAUUUUUACGAUUUUUCACUAAAAAAACCAUAGAGAGAUAAAAAAAAACUUAUAAUAUUUGUAUUUACUUUAUUACUUUAAAUAGUAUUUAAGAAGAAAUUAAAUAAUAAGUCUUAAUUCUAAUAAACAUUUGAAAUUCAGGAAAUACUUUUCAAUUUUCACCAUCAAUCCUCAAAAACUUUUUUUCACAUUGCAAUAUUAAAGGGAUUUUAUCUAAUUAUUUUCUUAUUCGCUGUGAAUGUAAAAUCUUGAGGAGAGUCAUCCAAAAAAGGGAGUUUUCUCUUGCUUUUUUCCUCGCAAAAGAGUAUAUAAAGUAACAAAAAAAAAUAUCUUGAUACAAAUCUCCACAGAAGAGAGUAUUAAGAGUGUAAUGAUUUCUUCUUUUUUUGAGUAUUUUUUUCUAUGUAAUAUUUGUGUGUGUGUAAAAAUGUAGUUCUUUUUCGUGUACUUGUGUAAUCUCUGUUGGUAAAAUUAAAAAUUGAAGAGAUAGUUACCUAAGACUCUCUAAAGGUAGCUCCUUAAAAUUAUACAGAAUGGGCAGGAGGGGACAGUAUAGAGAGAUUUUGGAAUGGAAAAUUUCAAUUAAUUACAUAAAUGUUUGAUUUUUCA